AUGGCAAGACCUUUGGAGAGAGUUGCUAAUAUAACAGACAAAAAGUGGCGUUGGAAAGUUGCCGUUAAAUUACAACACAAAUGGAGCGUGCUAUCAAACAACAAAGAGAAUUUUGAAAUGGUGGUCUGGUGUGAUAUUCAUGUUAUUGUACCUCAUCUUUAUAGGCAUACUUUUGAUUCCGUAUUGGUUGUGAACGAGACAUACACUAUUGCAAACUUCCAGGUUCAACUUACUGAUAUGCUUUUCAAACCUUCAGCUCACAAAUACCUCAUAAAAUUCACUAGUGGGACCAAAGUUGGGGAUAGAAACAUGCAUCAAAUCCAAGAUAAGAGUCACAAGGUAACUCCUUUGGUUGAUAUCAUAACUGGAAAGUGGAAUAAAGAUAGACUUAUAGAUGUUAUUGGAGUAGUUGAGGAAAUAGGGUACACACAAUCUCAGGUCGGUGGUAAGAAGCAGCAGUUCAAUUUUCCUAGAAACAACACUAUUAAUUGUACGCUAUGGGAGGUGUACGCAAUGCAAUUUGCCAACUUUAUACAACAACAGAAUGAUACUUCCAUUCCAGUUGUGGUUUUGAUUCAAUAUGCUAAAGUCAAAGAAGAAUCUGGGAAAUAUCCUUUAUCUGUCACCAACACGUGCAAUGUGACAAAAUUAUCCAUCAAUGAUGAUUUGGAACUAAUCCAACAAUUCGCAAAGAGGAGUAGGAUUGAGACAAGCGGGGGAGAAACUUUUGCUUCUCUAGGGUGUUCAAAUUGUAUAGUGUUGUUUCGGUGUGUUGGUGAUUUCAACAGUGCAAUCGUUGUUGAAGCCGUGUUGUUUCCCGAAUCCAAUAAGGACAUGAAUUCAAGAUUUUUGUCUGCAAAUUGA